UGAUCUGGAGGAGUAGUGGCUGUUAGCGCGCCGUUAUUUUGCAGUUGUGGGUGAUUUCUGGCUAUUUGGAUUGGCUGGUUUUUGCUUUAGAUUCACAUUUCCAGCUCUGAAGAUGUGCUAGAUAUCUGCUCACGGGACUGGAGAAUGUGGUGGUUGAUGCCACUGGACCAGAGGGAGUGAGAAGACGGGGCGAGAGAGAGAGAGGGAAAAAGGGAGAGAGAGCACGACAGAAAGAGAGAGUCUGAACCCACUACAGGAAAGAGCCAGAUUAAAGAGCCAUCGUCUCGUCUGCGGACCAAAUCCCCCAGACAGGAUGUCGGCCUCAGCCAAGCAGGAGAGGAGCGUCUGUGUUCUCCUCCCCACCAAGGAGCAGCUGGACAUCACCGUGGGGGUCAAAUCCACAGGACAAGAGGUCCUAAACCAAAUAUCGCAACUCCUCUACGUCAAAGAGCUACACUUCUUUGGUCUCACAGUGGUAAAGGACAAUGAACACAUAUAUCUGGACUUAGAGGAGAAACUAACCAAGUAUUUCCCCAAGGAAUGGAAACAAGAGUCUGGGAAGGGCCCUCAGAAGAGAAUCCCCCUGCUCCUCUUCCUGAAAGUGCAGUUCUAUGUGGAGAACGGCAGGCUCAUCAGCGAGCGCAAGGCGCGGCAGCUGUACUUUGCGGACCUGCGGGAACGUGUGCUGAGGUCGGAGUGCCGUCAGCAGGAGGAGGUGUACUUCCAGCUGGCCGGCUACGCCCUGCAGGCAGACCUGCCAGACCACCCCACGCACCACCUCACAGAGGAGGACACGCCAAAGACCUACUUCCAGCCCAAGGACUACUUCCCUCCCUGGAUAGUGGCAAAGCGGGGAGUAGACUACCUGUUACGACAUGGGCCCAACAUGCACCGAGAGCUUUGGGGGAUGCCCUCCCGCGACGCCAUCCUCCUCUUCAUCCGAGAGUCCUGCCGUCUGGAGGACGUGCCUGUGACUUUCUACAGACUACAGAAGGACAAGAGAGAAGACAGGGGUUCUGCACUGCUGGGCCUGACUCUACGAGGAAUGCAGGUUUAUCAGGAGGUGAACAACAUGCGACAGCUGCUUUAUGACUUCCCUUGGUCCAAUGUCGGACGACUCACCUUUCUGGGGAAAAAGUUUGAGAUCCAGCCGGACGGUCUGCCGUCGGCGAGGAAACUGGUGUACUACACGGGCUCGGCCUUCCGCUCACGACACCUGCUGCUUCACCUCAGUAGCAGCCAUCAGCUCUACCUCAGUCUGCAGCCUGCCCUCACACACCUGCGGCAGCUGGACGAGAACGAAGAGAAGAAGCGCUACCGGGAGUCCUACAUCAGCGACGACCUUGACCUUGACCCUCAGGGCAGUGACGGCAGCCCACGCCUCUCACGGCGCUCCACGAGCAGCUCAGGCAUCGAGGCUGACACCCGGCAACGAAGCGUCUCCGUGGAGAUGACCUCCAUGGACGAGGAAGGGCUGCGGCAGACGGAGGAGAAGUCAUUCAGCUCGGCGGCCAGCCUGGGCAGCUCGCACACCUCGGGCGUGGACACGGGCAGCAAGGCUCGCGCCGACGAAGACGAGUGGCAGGAGGAAGAGACGCAAGUUCGAGUGAGUAGCCUUGGGGAGGUUUCCGUGGACAACCCUGGGGAGGUUUCCGUGGACGACCCGCAGGAGAUGCUGCAAUUGGCUGAGCUGUUGGAGGGUGUGUCUGUGGACUGUCCCUCUUUCAUGUCGGAGAUGAACUCUACAGGUAUCAGAACAAGUCUUGUUGACAUGACAGACAGUCACAUGAAACAUGGGAGCACUGAUACUCUAGGGCCGGUCAUCAACUGGAAGACUCGCACCUCUGUUGACCGCCACAGCCAGAGUCUGGAUGACAUCCACCUGUUCUCACCCCCUACGCCCCUGGGCACUCUCCCCCAAGCCAACACCUCCCACAGCUACACGUUUGGACUCCCUGAAAGCCACAUCUCCCUCAAGAACCAUCAGCACCCAAUCACCCAGUGCCCUGCCAAGCCCUCUUUCUAUGGCCGACGCUCCACGAACUGCCUCUCUUUGGACCUGCUGGAGGACGAACAGCUGCUGGAGUUAAUCCUGUGAGGGAGAAAGCAAAAGAGACAUUAAUGGAAAAAAAAAGAUGGGGGGAAGGAGAGGAGAAAGACUAUUAACCCCUAGCCCCCCCAUCACACUUGGUGUGUUGUUCUGAGCAUGUCCUAGACAACAUAUAGUGUAUAUAUAUAUAUAUAUAUAUAUAUAUCUAUUAUAUAUAUAUAUAUGCUGAACUGACAGUAUUGGUGAACACUCUUAAUGUUUUGGCAGUAUGUACUUAUACAUGUUGUGUGUGCGUAUGCAUACGUAUGCAUGUUUGUUUUUGUGUGGAUAGAAAAAGACAGUCUUCCUGAACAUAUUGCCAUUUUUUUUUAUCUGAGUGCCUGUCUAUUAGUUGCGCUCUUCAAUAUAACAGUUUUGCAGGAGUUGGUCCAUGCUGAUUUGACCAUCUAGAACCUGAUGGUUCUCAAAGUUCACAAAUGUUGACAAUGGUGACGGAAAUCUUUGCGUUCAUCCCCGAAACAUUACAAGAGACCUGCAAACCAGAAGCCUUUCAUAUGUUGUUAAUGUAAAAACCCAAACUAUUGUCAGUAUAUUUAUUUCUCAGUUACUUUUAUUUUGUAUGUUACUGUUAACAAAGUACUUUCCUUUGUAUUGUCAGCCCUCACUACAUAUGCUACCAUUGCUCUCCUGCUGCAGCAAACUGAAAAAUGUUGCUGCAUUCUGUACAUGCUGGAUGCUGGGUGGCUUGUAGUCAUGACAACAUUAUAGACAGCCUAGCCGAACUUUAAAAUCAAAUCAAAGAAAAAUGUUGACGCCUUUAUGUUGGUUGCUCAAAGGAAUGCAUAUUUAUAGGAACACAAUUUUAUAAGUGUAAGAUAUAAUUUUCUUCCCCAUCAGAUGUUGUCAACACAUGACAAUACUCAUGACAAUAGUGUUAGUCAUACAGGCAUGUGAAGCCAAAUCAAAUUUCACUUUAAAUGAUUCAGCUAUUUGCUUUGUCAUAUCCUAUAUACUAACAACAGAAUGUAAUGAAUGUAAGGCAUGGUAUUCUGGUACAUUCUGUCAAUGCCACAUGGUAUUUCAGUAUACCCAAAAAUGUUCUAUAGGCCAACGUUUGUUUACAUACCAGGGGGAAUAGUAUGGAAUCAUAAGUACCUUUCCCGCAAUCGACAUGAUUACGGGAAUAGUUACAGUAUUAUAUAACCAAGGGACAAAGAGGCUUUCUCUGUGUUGAUCAACCGAGAUAUGAGGUCAGUUACUGCAUUGUUAGUCAUAAAUUGAGUGCUUGGGUAUGAUUGGGUGGGUUAGUCCAAAAGUAAGCCAACCUCUGCGUGAUUACUGAUGAAUUAAUGUCUAUGGAAGUUAUUUACAUCACUAAACAGUGGGAUAUAAGGUAGCCUACUGUACCUCAUGACAUGAUGACAUGGCCUACUUUUGGCAGACAACCAAUGUGUUUUGGGUAACCAGCUAAUUUACUCUCCUUUCAAUGAAAGGCAAACAUAUCAAGUAAUGACCUGUAGAAAUAAAUUCACCUGUGCUAUAUA